CUUAAUUUCCAAAAUCAACUUCUUCGAAAUACUAUUUCACUAAAUGUCGUUGAUUGGAGAAAAAAGUACUUGGUGAAACUUUUAUCGUUGCCAGAAACGUUUCACAAAUCAUCGGUAUUAUGGGAUCAAGAAAUG